CAGCUCAACAUAACAAAAUGAUAACCAUGAAUAAGGCAAACAUGUACCAACGGUCCAAACGUGUAAACGAACUUAAAUAUACUAUAAUGUUCUCAAACUAUAUACCAACAAAUGGCAGAGAUACAAACAAUCACAACCAAAUCACUGCCACUAAUUCAGUUAGCUGGUAAUGUGGCUGCUUAUUUUCACACGUCCAAAUAUUGACUGUUGGUUUUCAAUUUGUUGAAUCAAAAUUUUGUAGUAACAAACCAAUACAAGUUGCAACUACCGCAAAGAUGAAAUAGAGAGAAAAAGGCUUCAUCAACCUCAAUCCGCAGCUUUUUCCGGGCGAUAAUUUAACACGAAAAAGAACAUGGCACUAUGGAAGAGGGCCACCGGUGCUAUCAAAGACAAGAACAGCAUAGUCAUGGCCAAUUUUUCCAAAAAAUGUUCCUUUAGGAAUCCUGAUCUUGAGGCUGCCAUCAUCAAGGCCACAAGUCAUUAUGAAUAUGACAUUGAUAAAAGGAAUGCUCAAAUAGUUUUUUCGUGGAUUCGGACGUCCCCCAUUAGCCUACGCCCUCUUGUUUGGGCUCUGUCUAAAAGGAUGGAGAAGACAAGGAGUUGGGUGGUUGCCAUUAAGGGGUUGAUGCUUAUGCAUGGCGUAUUUCAUUGCAAGGUCCCAGCCGUUCAAAAGAUGGGUCGUAUGCCAUUUGAUCUGUCAAGUUUCAGCGACAAUCAUUUCAGGUCAACCAAAACAUGGGGUUUCAAUGUUUUUAUUCGCGAAUACUUUGCAUUUCUAGAUCAAAGAGCUGUCGUUUCGUUUGAUCAAGACAAUAGAAAAACCAAGGAACGUCCAUUGAUGACGCAGCAGCUUCUGAAGCUGCAGCAAUGGCAAUCUUUGUUUGAUAUUUUGCUUCAAGUUAGGCCUCGAGCUGAUAAUAUGAAGGUUCGUUUAAUUCUCGAAGCCAUGGAUUGCAUCAUCAUUGAGAUAUUCGAUGUUUAUAGUAGAAUAUGCACUGAGAUUGCAAAGGUUUUGUUGAAUAUAUAUUCAGUUGGUAAACUUGAAGCAGAAAUGGCCCUUAAGAUUCUUCAGAAGGCAACGACACAGGGUGAAGAACUUUCUCUAUUUUUUGAAUUUUGCAAGGAAUAUGGUGUUUUAAACGCCAAUGAAUCCCCCAAAGUGACUGAGAUUCCGGAGGAAGGUGUUCAAGAACUUGAGAGAAUAAUCAAUGAGGUUUCAGACCGGACAUACAAGGACGAGGAUUUCAAGGAAAAGAACCAAAUGGAAAUAGUUGUAAGAGAAGAAAACAAUGCAAUUGUUGAACAGAGAGAAAAAAGUGGAGCUUUGAAGACAAUGAUAACAGACAAAUGGGAGGUUUUUGAAGAAAAUAAUGGUUCCUGUAAUGAAAAGAACACUGUUCCUGAAGAAGCUGCUGCUAGAGAUCAACCUCUUGUACCCACUGAUCAUGUGCCAGUGUAUAAUAAUCAUUAUGAAAUUCCAGAUUUAAUUAGUUUCUAG